CUUUCUUCCGCCCCACCCCUCGUCGUCCUCUCCAUCGUUCCUAAAAGUCUCUCCUCUCUCUAAUGGUUUCUUUUCCAUCGUCGGCGUUUUUUUCCUCUGGUUCUAAUCGAGAAGUUGGAAUGGAUUUUAUUGAGAUGAUUUUAAGAGUCAUUUCGGAAGAAAGAAAAUGAAUAACAUAAAUCUUAUGUGUCAAGGCUUCUCUUCUCUGGGUUUUUCUACUUGUGCAUUUCAUGAUGAGAGGAUUAAAAUAAGUGUUUAAUCUUUCUUCGUUUUCCUUAUCCAUGGAUGAAACAACAAGAGGUGGACGGAAAGAAAUUGAGAACCUCUCUCUGCAAAUGAAUGGGUACCCGAUAGAUCUGCUCAAGAGAUUCCGGUCUGUGAGUAACCGGGAUACUAAAAUUAGGGCUAUAGGCGAAGAUACUGAAGAAAUCGCUCUAAAUCUUGGGCUUUCUUUGGGUGGUUGCUUUGGGGUAGAUCCCAAUGAAAAAAGGCAUCUCAUACGUUCAUCUUCAAUCGCUGGGUUAACGAAUUUGGUGAGGGAAGAUGAUUCCGUUAAUCCACCACCGAUUGUGACUUUGCCCAGGACCUGUUCGUUGCCUACUGAGACGGAAGAAGAACGGAGGAAAAGAAAAGAGUUGCAGUGUCUGAAGAGGAUGGAGGCAAAAAGGAAACGAUCUGAGAAGCAGAGGAAUUCCCGAGCAGGUAGAAAUCAAGCUUCUCUGGAGGGAAGUGGUAAGGAAGAGAAGCAGGUUGAGGAAGAAUUAGUAAUGUCCAUUAACUUAAAAGGGAAGGCCAAUGGCAUUACUGCUGCUUUGGCCGAAGAACAGUUGCAACUGCAACACCACCAAUUUGGGGUUAAAAAUGGGUUGUCUGCUUCGGUGCCGGCGGCGGCGCCGCCUCAGUUUGGAAUUCCCAGUUGGGCCACACCCUGUGGCAUAGGAGUUGCUCUUCCCCGUGGGUUUGAUGCAACAGCGAACAGGAACAGUAGUUUCUUAGCUGCAGCUGCUUUGGGAGGAUAUCCACCGUCGACGACGCCACAGGUAUCAUCGCUUGGGUCACAGGGGAGUAGUUCUUCUGGGAUUUCAGAAUUUGAGAGCACACAAGUUCAAGGAUUGAACGGUUGCAAUGAAGCAGGAUGCCUUGGCAGUGUUCAAUCGUUGUCGGAGCAGGUUGAACAGAAAACUGUGAUGAGUCCUGGAGCAACUGAGAGUACAGAGAGCAAGUUUGGUGGAGUAGAAAAGGAUAGAUCAAAAAAAUCUAAGAUUGUGAGGAAUGGAUUUGAGAUGGGGAGCAAUGUUACGGAAGAGAUGCCUUGUGUGUCUACAAGAGGAGAUGGUCCCAAUGGGAAGAGGAUAGAAGGGUUCUUAUACAAGUACAGGAAAGGGGAAGAGGUUAGGAUAGUGUGUGUGUGCCAUGGCAGGUUUCUUUCUCCGGCUGAGUUCGUCAAGCAUGCCGGUGGGGGUGACGUAGCUCACCCUUUGAAACAUAUAGUUGUCAACCCAUCUCCCACCUUUUCGUAAUGGUGGCUAAGGUGGACACCCUUUAAAUCUAAUCUUAUGAUUGUCAAAGAAAGAGGAAAGGAGUAGAAAGGAAAGGAAAGGAAAGGGUGCCCCAUGAGAAGGUGGCUAAGUACACUUACAAGGAGAUUGGUGCUGUAGUAUUUAUAAUCUUUACAUUGGGCUUUCCAUUUUCGAUGUGAAAUUAUUAUUAGAUUUAGGUAGAAUUAAUUUCUUAAAAUUUACCAUUAGAAAGAGGGUGUUCAAGCAUUUAUAAAUUUUCACCUCAAGCUAUUCACUUCUAAUAUGAGAUUAUUAUUUUCGUUA